UAGUAUAGUACAUUGCGAUAACAACGGGCUACAGUCCUGUGCUAGCGACUGCUACAUGUAGCCGUGUCAGAGAACAUUGCCACCAUGUUGUGUGUGUUCAGCUGUGUAAUUCUUCUCGUCAUCACGUUUUUGUUCUUAGACAAGGUCCUGAGAGCCUUGAAGGUUGGUAACCAUGGCAACAAGUACGUUUUCGUUACGGGAUGUGACUCGGGGUUUGGCCAGCGACUCGCUGUCCGUCUAGACGGCCUAGGUUUCCACGUAUUUGCUGGAUGUCUGACAGAUGAAGGAAGAAAAUAUUUAAGCUCCAACUGCUCCAAACGUCUUGUGACGGUACCUUUGGAUGUGACUAAAGGGGAGAGUAUCCAGGCAGCGCUACAGCUGGUCAAAGGGACGCUACCCGAAAAUACUGGACUGUGGGGAUUGGUCAACAACGCUGGCAUCAUUGGACUGUUCGGAUUCAGUGAAAUAUGUAGCAUUGACGACUACAUGAAGACGCUCUCUGUGAAUCUUUUCGGUAGUAUAGAGAUGUCAAGGGUGUUUCUUCCUCUGUUGCGGACGGCGGGUGGUCGGAUAAUCACAACAGAUAGUGCAGGUGGUCGACUGGCCUUUAUUGCUUCACCGUAUACGGUGUCGAAGUUUGCACUGGAGGGUUACAUGGAUCUUCUCAGACGUGAGUUGUACAAGAGAAAGGUCAAGGUUAUUCUUGUUGAGCCCGGGGGCUUUAAGACGCCCCUGUUUGUGGCAGACAAGGUACUGACAGAACUAAAGGCAGCUUUUAACAAGGUCACGGAUGAAGUGAAGACGUGUUACAAAGACUUUAUUCCUACUUUUGAAGGUCACCUGUUAAAUAACGACUUCCACAACACCAACCUUGACAUUGUGGUGGACGACUACAUCCACGGCCUGACCUCCAGGUAUCCUAGGACCAGAUACUCACCUGGACUGGACGCCAAAUUUAUUUAUAUCCCACUCUCCUACCUGCCGACACGCUUCACUGACUGGCUGCUACAGGCGCCGUAGAAUUGUGCGUGUGUGUACAGUAAAAAGGCAACCAAAUAAUCAGAACGAGCCGGCCCGCGGCAUAACAUACGCCGCUAUUUAGUUGUUUCUAAUUUUCAAUAAUUCAUAAUUUGUGAAUUCGACAGUACCAACGCUGACACUGAAAAUAUUUCUUUAA